AUGAAAAUGGACCUUACCGGAAUGGGCUCGUGGGCUGCCAACGCUCCGACCUUCCCAUCCGGAGCCGAUUUUCUCUCCGAUCUCUCCGGACUCUCCGGCAGCUCGCGCAACGCUACCACCUUCCCCGACACUAGACCCGCCAGCGGCAGCUCCGCUUCCCUUGAGGCCUAUCUCAAUGCCCCUCGCUCCUCCCAGCCAUGGUCUCCUGCCAAUCGCCGUUAG